GGGACGGGGGGGCGGGCCGGAGGGAGGGGCGGGGCCGGCGCCGAGGGGCGGGGUCGGCCGCGGAGGCCGCGGGGGCAGCGGAGGCGCCGGGGCCAGCGGAGCGGGCGGCCGCGCCAUGUGGCUGCUGGGGCCGCUGUGCCUGCUGCUGAGCAGCGCCGCAGAGAGCCAGCUGCUCCCUGGGAACAACUUCACCAACGAGUGCAAUAUUCCCGGCAGAUUCAUGUGCAGCAACGGGCGCUGCAUCCCAGGUACCUGGCAAUGCGACGGGCUGCCCGACUGCUUCGACAAGAGCGACGAAAAGGAGUGCCCCAAAGCAAAAUCUAAAUGCGGCCCAACCUUCUUCCCCUGUGCCAGCGGCAUCCACUGUAUCAUUGGCCGUUUCCGGUGCAACGGGUUCGAGGACUGUCCUGAUGGCAGCGACGAAGAAAAUUGCACAUCCAACCCCCUGCUCUGCUCCACUGCCCGCUACCACUGCAGGAAUGGUGUGUGCAUCGACAAGAGUUUCAUCUGUGACGGGCAGGAUAACUGUCAGGACAACAGCGAUGAGGAAAGCUGUGAAAGUUCUCAAGAACCAGGCAGUGGACAAGUGUUUGUGACCUCUGAGAACCAGCUCGUAUACUACCCCAGCAUCACCUACGCCAUCAUUGGCAGCUCUGUCAUUUUUGUGCUGGUUGUAGCCCUGCUGGCACUGGUCUUGCAUCAUCAACGAAAGAGGAACAACCUCAUGACGCUGCCUGUCCAUCGGCUGCAGCACCCUGUGCUGCUGUCCCGCCUGGUGGUCCUGGACCACCCCCACCACUGCAAUGUCACCUACAAUGUCAACAAUGGCGUCCAGUAUGUAGCCACCCAGGCUGAACAGAAUGCCUCCGAAGUAGGCUCCCCACCUUCCUACUCACAGGCCCUGCUGGACCAAAGACCUGCAUGGUAUGACCUUCCUCCACCACCCUAUUCUUCGGACACUGAGUCUCUGAACCAAGCCAACCUGCCUCCUUAUCGCUCUCGGUCAGGAAGUGUCGACAGUGCCAGCUCCCAAGCAGCCAGCAGCCUCCUGAGUGUAGAAGACACUGACCAAAGCCCAGGGCAGCCUGGUCCUCCAGAGGGCACUGCUGAGCCCCGAGACUCUGUGCCCAGGCAGGGCACUGAAGAAGUAUAAAAUUCAGCUCUUCCGAAGUCCAUUAUGGGUUAGUCUGCUCCAACUUGUUCCAGUUGAACAGCAUGUGAUUGUGGGAAGCUCUCUUAAGUUCCUUCAAGACUAUCUGGAGACUUGGGGCAGCAGCUGCCUCUCUUCCCUCAGAUUUGAGCAUGUCUCAUUGGAGGGGAACCUGCACCUGGCCUUUUUCCAGCCACUCACUUGACAAAGUGCAUUGUCAUCUUUUCUAUAGAAAAGAUCCCUCCUCCUUCAGGCCUUAAAAUCACAAGCUUACACUUCCUAUAAUUCUGUAACUGUUGGAACCUCUCUGAGUAGCAGUGGUCAGUUUGAUGUGAUAUUUAAGUAGUCUUUGGGAAAAACAGCAUUUCUAUAGGUGGUUCAGGAGGGAUGAUGACGUGGGA